AUGGCGUUGAAAUCAGCAUUCUCAGUCACAUUCUUCUCCUUAGUCUUGUUAGCAUUAGCAAAUGGUUCUAACGCAGGCAAAAUUACAAUCUACUGGGGCCAAAAUGGUAAUGAAGGCACGCUGGCUGAGGCUUGUGCUACAGGGAACUAUGAUUAUGUAAUCAUAGCCUUCUUGCCAACCUUUGGCAUUGGCCAGAGUCCAAUGAUAAAUCUAGCUGGUCAUUGUAACCCAUAUAAUAAUGGGUGCAAUGGCUUAAGCCCUGACAUCAAAACAUGUCAAGCCAAAGGCAUCAAGGUAUUGCUCUCUAUAAGAGGAGAUAAAGGUAGCUACCAACUUCAAUCCACUAAGGAUGCAAGUUAUGUAGCAACUUACCUUUGGAAUAACUUAUUGGGGGGACACUCAUCAUCUCGUCCACUUGGCCCUGCUGUCCUUGAUGGCAUUGACUUUGACAUUGAAGGUGGAUCAAACAAAUACUGGGGUGAUCUUGCUAGGUUCCUUAAAGGGUAUGGCAAGAAAGUGUACUUAACUGCAGCUCCUCAGUGCCCAUUUCCUGAUGCUUGGAUAGGAAAUGCUCUCACAACAGGUCUUUUUGAUUUUGUUUGGGUCCAAUUCUACAACAACCCUCCUUGUCAAUACACUUAUGGGAACAUUAGCAACCUUGAAGAUGCAUGGAAACAGUGGACAUCAAGUGUCCCUACCAACAAGAUAUUCUUGGGUUUACCAGCUUCCCCAGAAGCAGCAGGCAGUGGCUUCAUUCCCAUUGCUGAUCUUACUUCCAAUGUGCUUCCAGCCAUUAAGUGUUCUGCUAAAUAUGGUGGUGUUAUGCUUUGGUCCAGGUACUAUGAUGUUCAGAGUGGUUACAGUUCUUCUAUUAAGAACCAUGUUUAA